CGCUCACAGUGGGGGCCCAGCGCCAGUGCCGACCGCGUGGGCGUCCAGAGGAGCUUCUGUCCGUGCCGUUCCGUGCUCUCCUCGAAGACGAGGAGCAUCCACGGGCGUGGAAGCGCACGCCUAGCUCCGGGCUUGCUUUCCGAGGAGCUCUCUUCACCGCGCCAGCCACCGCGCCCGCGGGAUGUACGUGGGCAGGGGUUCGGCGGCUGUGGAGGUGCGUGGGAUGCUUCUCGGCGUGCAGCGUGCUGCACUGAUUUUUUUCCACGCUUUGUGUCCUCUGCGUAUCUGCUUCAUGCACGACUGAUGCUCUGGUGAGCAUUCGUGCUGUGCCCAGGGCAGGCAACAUCUGCUCUUUAUAGGCCGUCGUGCGUGCGACCACUCAUGACGGGAGGGCCAGAUCUCCGUUUCCGACCUCCACCUGCUCGUGCCCCAUGUGGGAGGUUUCGGUUUCCCUUUCUGCAUCUCACCCUCGUCCUCCUUCGCUUCCGCCUCCUCCUGCCGCGGAUCUACUUCUCCUUGGUCGAUUCCUCCAGCGUUUGCGCCCUGCAGCUUGGACGCCCAAAGUCCGAGCAUCCAUAUCCGCCUGCAGCCCUACUCGAAGCGCCGCGGCUGUACUUCUCCUCGGGCGAUUUGAUUAUAUUUCGAGUGGUGCCCUUGGGCGCGCCCGCGCCCAACGAGGCACGCUCCCCUCGCGGCCCCUGCGGGCCCCUCUCCCGCGCGCACGGCCUGAUGGGGGA